AUGGUGGCCGCAAUGGCGGCCGUAGCAGCUGUUGCCGCCGGAUCUGGCGCGAACGGGCCAGCCGGAGCUGGUACACAAGGACCUGCAAGAGAUGGUAUGGUGCCAGGUGACAAUACGCAUCAUCUGCUUGGCUUUGGCUCACAGCCUUCCGGUGGCGAAUUCGGCCAGCACUUUCAGCAUCACCAGCACACUUCGCAUCAGCCGCCCCAGCCUCAUCCUCAUCAACACCAGCAACACGUCAGCGCAUAUCCACUUGCUCAUCGUUCGCACCCAACCCUGGAGCUGGCUGAGGGUGGAUUUACCCAUUUAAACGCCACAGCGACUACUCCAGACUUGGAGACGGAACACAAUUCCGAGCCCUCUUUUGAGCACGCUUCGCCCACAGUCCUGCAACUGAACCCCUCGCAUCAGCAGCAUCUUGCCCACCAAUGCCAUCGGCAUCAACAGGUGCUCUCGCCACCCCAGCCGCUACAGCAGCUCAGGCUGUCACCAGCUUCGAUGGCCUCCCCUCCACCGCAAUCCCAUCUUCUUCGGGCUUCAUCUUCUUGCCAGCCCCCUUUACUCCCUCCGCCGGCUCCCCUCCAUUCUACAGUCAUCGAACCUGGUUCUCCCAUACUCCGUGACCUAUCCCACCACCACAGCCCCUCCGCAGCCUCAUUGUCCAACCGCUUUGCAGCGGCAGCUUUCUCGGCCAACUUUGCUGCAGUCACUGGUCACCCCUACACGGCGGCUGCCAUGUUCAGACCCUCGGAGAACUCACACCAACAGCAAACACAACAGCAGCUCCAGCCCCGAGCUAACCAGCAUGACCAAGAGGCGGCUGAAGGGCUGGCGUCUACUGCUCUCGUUGGCUCAGGUUCAAGCGACCGGGCCAUUCGUGAGGCGGCUACUGUGGCCGCAGUUUCCGCGGCUGCUAGCGAAUUUUUUCGCGCAAUGCCUCAUCAUGCCUCGGCUGCUUCGAGCCAUUUAGACCCUCACUCGGGUCCAUUUUUGCAAACGCCCCUGCCUCAGCCCGGAAAUGAGAGUCUUGUUCCCCAUCACUUUGGAGAACAGACAUCUGAUCUGCAUCAGUCAUUUGCCAACUAUACGCCCGGGCAUAAUCCGCCUGUAAGAAUGAACUUGUUUGGCCAGCAUCAACCUCCAAUGGAGGCCCAUGAGAGAAGACGGACUAAGCGAGAGAUGAAAGAGAUGGAGGAGAGCAACGGGAAGAUUAAAUUUGCUGGUUUGAAUUCAAGGCUCAGCAGGAACGAGGUUGUAGGAGAGCUGAAAAGAUGUGGCUCAAAAGCAGAUGAAGAAGGACAGAAUAUCGUCGAAUAUGAGUCGGGCAAAGAUGAGGAGAAGAGGGGCACUGAAUCUGAGCUUACUGCAAUGACCACUGCACACCAAAUUCGACGAAGGUCUAUCUGUCAACAGCCAGAUUCCAUGACUCUUUUUACCCGCUUUCAAUCAGCCCUGCCCUAUGGUAGAAAAGUGGUACCCUCCAGUCUGAAUCAAGCAGAGGCAAUUUCAUCAAGUCGGGCGCUUCGUUCCAGUUCGGACCCCCUCGUGGAUUCUGACGGCAGAGGAGGCAAUAAGUUCGAAAAGGAGGAGGUUGAUAAUGGAAUAUUUGAGGCCAAACCAGACUCGGACAACGGUGUAGCUGAUCUGUCGGGAACGCGAGAUCCAUCCCCGUGUUCCACCAGGUGA